GGUGCGGGCGUCCGGCUAGAGCCGACGCCGUGGAGCUUUGUGGGACGGGAAUGGCCGCUUGUGAGGCGUUCCGUUCCACUGGCUUCUGAGGCGACGGAUGUGGGGCAAGUAGAGGAGCGGUGGGGCCGCGAAGAGCCCCUGGGUGGCGUGAGAGUUCCCUAAGCCUGUGAUGGAAGACGCCAAUGAUGAGAGUGAGGCCUCAAUUCAUCGGCUAGAAGGCAUUGACCAAGAGACACAGGUUGGUGGCCUCAUUUGCAAGACCAAAAGUGCAGCUAGUGAGCAACAUGUUUUCAAAGCCCCUGCACCUCGUCCCUCAUUGCUGGGGUUGGAUCUGUUGGCUGCAUUAAAACGGAGGGAGCGAGAGGAAAAGGAUGAUGGGGAAGAUAAGAAGAAGUCCAGAGUCUCUUCCUACAAGGACUGGGAGGAAAGCAAGGAUGAUCAGAAGGAUUCUGAAGAGGAAGGGGGUGACCAGGCCAGCCGAAGCAGCAGGAAAGACAGACAUUAUCGAGCUGCCCGGGUAGAGACACCAUCCCAUCCUGGUGGUGUGAGUGAAGAGUUCUGGGAGCGCAGCAGACAAAGAGAACGGGAAAGGCGAGAACAUGGUGUCUAUGCCUCCUCCAAAGAAGAAAAGGACCGGAAAAAGGAGAGAACUCGGGAUCGAGACCAUGACCGGAAGAGAGAGAGAGAUGAACGGGACAGGAGUCGGCACAGCAGCCGAUCAGACCGAGAUGGAGGCUCGGAACGGAGCAGCAGAAGGAGUGAACCGGAGAGCCCAAGACAUCGACCCAGAGAUGCAGCAACUCCUUCACGCUCUAACUGGGAAGAAGAAGAUAGUGGAUAUGGUAGCUCCCGGCGUUCUCAGUGGGAAUCACCCUCCCCAGUGCCUUCCUAUCGAGAUUCUGAGAGGAGUCACCGGACUUCUUCCACUCGCGAUAAAGAACGGUCUGUGAGGAGCAAGUGCCCAGAUGACACACCUCUACCUACCCCAUCAUAUAAAUACAAUGAAUGGGCUGACGACAGAAGACACCUGGGGUCUACCCCUCGGCUUUCCAGAGGCCGAGGGAGGCGAGAAGAUGGAGAAGAUGGAAUCUCUUUUGACACAGAAGAGGAGCGACAACAAUGGGAAGAUGACCAGAGACAAGCUGAUCGGGACUGGUACAUGAUGGAUGAGGGAUAUGAUGAGUUUCAUAACCCACUGGCUUACUCCUCGGAAGACUAUGUGAAGAAACGAGAACAACACCUGCACAAACAGAAACAAAAACGCAUUUCAGCCCAGCGGAGACAAAUCAAUGAGGAUAAUGAGCGCUGGGAGACUAAUCGCAUGCUGACUAGUGGUGUGGUCCAUCGACUUGAAGUGGAUGAAGAUUUUGAGGAAGAUAAUGCAGCCAAGGUGCAUCUGCUGGUGCAUAAUCUGGUGCCACCGUUUCUGGAUGGGCGCAUUGUUUUUACCAAACAGCCAGAGCCUGUGAUUCCAGUCAAAGAUGCUACUUCUGACUUGGCCAUUAUUGCUCGAAAAGGCAGCCAGACAGUACGCAAGCACAGGGAGCAGAAGGAGCGUAAAAAGGCCCAGCACAAGCAUUGGGAACUGGCUGGUACCAAAUUGGGAGACAUUAUGGGCCUUAAGAAAGAGGAAGAACCGGAUAAGCCUUUGACAGAAGAUGGCAAAGUAGACUACAGGACAGAGCAGAAAUUUGCUAAUCAUAUGAAGAAAAAGAGUGAAGCCAGCAGUGAGUUUGCAAAAAAGAAGUCAAUUCUGGAACAGAGACAGUACCUGCCCAUCUUUGCAGUGCAGCAGGAGCUACUUACCAUUGUCAGAGACAACAGCAUUGUGAUAGUGGUGGGGGAGACAGGGAGCGGAAAGACCACUCAGCUGACUCAGUAUUUACAUGAGGAUGGUUAUACAGACUAUGGCAUGAUUGGCUGUACCCAGCCCCGACGUGUGGCUGCCAUGUCAGUAGCCAAGAGAGUCAGUGAAGAGAUGGGAGGAAGCCUUGGAGAGGAGGUGGGUUAUGCUAUUCGCUUUGAAGACUGUACUUCAGAAAACACUGUGAUAAAAUACAUGACAGAUGGGAUCCUGCUUAGAGAAUCCCUGCGUGAGGCUGACCUGGAUCAUUAUAGUGCCAUCAUCAUGGACGAAGCCCAUGAGCGUUCACUGAACACAGAUGUGCUGUUUGGGUUGCUUCGAGAGGUAGUAGCUCGACGCUCAGACCUGAAGCUUAUUGUCACUUCAGCCACUAUGGACGCGGAGAAGUUUGCUGCUUUCUUUGGGAACGUUCCCAUCUUUCACAUUCCUGGCCGAACCUUCCCUGUCGACAUCCUCUUCAGCAAGACUCCUCAGGAGGAUUACGUGGAGGCUGCGGUGAAGCAGUCCUUGCAGGUGCACCUCUCUGGGGCUCCCGGGGACAUCCUCAUCUUCAUGCCCGGACAAGAGGACAUUGAGGUGACCUCGGACCAGAUUGUGGAACAUCUGGAGGAACUGGAGAAUGCUCCUGCCCUGGCUGUGCUUCCUAUCUACUCCCAGCUACCCUCUGACCUCCAGGCCAAGAUCUUCCAAAAGGCUCCAGAUGGUGUCAGGAAAUGUAUCGUUGCCACGAAUAUUGCUGAGACUUCACUGACAGUUGAUGGCAUCAUGUUUGUUAUUGAUUCUGGCUACUGUAAACUAAAGGUCUUCAACCCCAGGAUUGGGAUGGAUGCUCUGCAGAUCUACCCCAUUAGCCAGGCCAAUGCUAACCAGCGAUCUGGGAGAGCUGGGAGGACGGGCCCAGGUCAGUGCUUCAGGCUCUACACCCAGAGUGCAUAUAAAAAUGAGCUCUUGACCACAACAGUACCCGAGAUUCAGAGAACUAAUCUGGCCAACGUCGUGCUGCUGCUCAAAUCUUUAGGGGUCCAGGACUUGCUUCAGUUCCACUUUAUGGACCCACCCCCAGAAGACAACAUGUUGAACUCCAUGUACCAGCUCUGGAUCCUGGGGGCCAUGGAUAACACAGGUGGUCUUACAUCCACUGGGCGACUGAUGGUGGAGUUUCCCCUGGAUCCGGCCCUGUCUAAGAUGCUGAUUGUCUCCUGUGACAUGGGUUGUAGCUCUGAGAUUCUGCUGAUUGUCUCCAUGCUCUCAGUCCCAGCCAUAUUCUAUAGACCUAAGGGCCGAGAAGAGGAGAGUGAUCAAAUCCGGGAGAAGUUUGCUGUCCCUGAGAGCGAUCAUUUGACCUACUUGAAUGUGUACUUGCAGUGGAAGAACAAUAAUUACUCUACUCUGUGGUGUAACGAGCACUUCAUCCAUGCCAAAGCCAUGCGGAAGGUUCGAGAGGUGCGGGCCCAACUGAAGGACAUCAUGGUGCAGCAGCGAAUGAGCUUGGCUUCCUGCGGCACAGACUGGGACAUUGUAAGAAAGUGCGUCUGUGCUGCCUAUUUCCACCAGGCAGCCAAACUGAAGGGAAUUGGGGAAUAUGUGAAUAUCCGCACCGGGAUGCCUUGCCAUUUGCAUCCUACCAGCUCUCUCUUCGGAAUGGGGUAUACUCCAGACUACAUUGUGUAUCAUGAAUUGGUCAUGACGACUAAGGAAUAUAUGCAGUGUGUGACUGCUGUGGAUGGGGAGUGGCUAGCAGAGUUGGGCCCCAUGUUUUAUAGCAUCAAACAUGCUGGCAAGUCACGCCAGGAGAACCGCCGCCGGGCCAAAGAGGAAGCAUCUGCUAUGGAAGAGGAGAUGGCGUUGGCUGAAGAGCAGUUGCGAGCGCGGCGGCAGGAGCAGGAGAAGCGUAACCCCCUGGGCAGUGUGAGGUCUGUUAAGAUCUACACACCUGGGCGGAAGGAGCAAGGGGAGCCUGCUAGCCCUCGCCGGACCCCAGCCCGCUUUGGACUUUAAGCCAGCGCUGGAUCAGUGGGAAGCCCAUAGUACCAGGAACCAGUGUGGAGCUUCCUCGCAGGCCUGUUGGUGGCUAUGAAUGAAACUUGUAUUGACUGGUGUUUUUUGCUGAUCAGAAAGCACGCUUGUCUUUUGGUGGCUUAACGACACUUUUUCAUCAACCUCUUUCCUCUGGCAUGUUGACAGGGUGAUGCCUUCAGGGCCAAGGAACCCUGGGUUCCUGGGUUUCCUUUUUGUACUGCCAGAGUGACCAGGAGGGGCCAGACCCCAUCUUGUCUGAGAAGGGGGAAUGCUGUGAUGCUUAGUGUAUAAAAUGUAUCUUUGCUUUGUCUGUGUCUUGUUUUUUAAUCUUUCUGUAAAGCAGCAAAAUGGAUCUGGAGGGAAUUGUAUCUUGUUUAAAUUCCAGGAAUUUGGAAAUAAUUUUAUUGUUUCUAAAACUUUACUGUGUUUCUGGCUAUUCCUUUGUCUUAUGCUGCCCUACAGCAUCACUUUAAAGUCAGGUUGGGUUGCUCUGCUUCUCUUUUUUUUUGUUUCUCCACAAAUCCCUUGAUGGUCUUGGCUUCCUUUCCUUCUCCUGUGGAGCUUCCUGGAUAGCUCUCUACACUGCAAGGACCCGAGAGCUAGAUUUGGGUUGGCUAAGCUAGGAUUAGCCAGCUUUGCUUUAGGAAUAGUUGGCCAUGACAAAGCAUUGACAACUGCGCAUUCACUAAUGGAGUAUGAGCAAGUCCUCCAUGAGCAAGAAGAAAUAUCCGUCAGAAGACUGGCUGCCCUCAGUCAGCUGCAUCACCCCCAGUUAUUGCAGUUUGACUGGUUUCCCCUGCCCCGCCCCACCCCCCCCUUCCCGAUUAAAGAGUCUCUUAGACUUGCUGAGAUGUUACCAUUUGUAUGCGGUCAUUUCAGCUGCCCGGCUUCAUCCUUCUUAGCAGAUGUCCCUAAGACUGUUUGUGUCUGGUGUUUUGUUUAAUGAAUUUUAUGCUGGGAAUGAAUUCAUGGCUCUUGUGUUGUUCAGCACAGGCUGUGGUUGGUCUGUUCCCACACCAUAUAUAACAAAUACUGUAUUAUUAUUAUAUCAUUUGUUACAUUGUUACAGUUUUUGUUAUCAAUAUUUGUCAUUUCCAAACUGAGCUAUAACAAUGAGGCGAAGUCUUUGGGGAUUCUCUUUCAGAAACUUGGAGUUCUUUUUGUUGAAGCUGUGACCCCUAUUUUGUGAUUGGGGUUGGAGGUCUGGCUAGCAUUGAGCAUCACCUAGGAAUGUUCAUGGGAUAUUCAGAGCAAAUUCUGGAAUAGAAAUUAGGUGUCCAACCUGCUUUAUUGAAGUAGAUUCCUAAAUUGGCCUUCUUGGUGGGAUGGCUGGAAGGACUCAAACACUUUUAUUUUUUCUUAGGUGGGAAUGAUAAUCAGGUAUUUAGACCUCUGGUUAUAUAUUGAGACAAUGUGUACCUGAGACCACUGGACUGGUAAUCAUGAAACCUGAGCUCUAGUCUGGUUUUUGCUAUUCCUGUAGAACCUAGAUCACUUUCCUAGAUUGUCUCAUCUGUAAAAUGAGAUGGAUAGAAUGAUCUCAAAAGUUGAUUUCACCUCUGAUGUCUGAUGACAGCCAUUUAUUGGUGUGACUUACUUAUGUACCCCUUUUUAGAAGUGAAAAAUUAAGUUGAAUCCUUUGGUUUUAGUAUGGAACUCAUUCAGCUGUUUCAGUCAUGUCUAACUGUUUGUGACCCCAUUUUUGGAGGUUUUCUUGGCAAGGAUACUAGAGUGGUUUGCCAUUUCCUUCAGCUCAUUUUGCAGAUGAGGAAACUGAGGCAACCAGGGUUAAAUGACUGGCCCAGGAUCACACAGCUAGUAUCUGAGACUGAGUUUUAACUCAGGAACAUGAAUCUUCCUGACUCAGUACCAUCUAGCUGCCCUGAAAAUCAGAUGGCUUUUUAUGCUUCCAGGAUUCUGCUGGGCAGCUCAUUAUUCCCCUUAUGAGACACCACGUAUUUCACCUGCAGAUGGCUGUUGAUGGAUUUAAAAUUUUCUUGAAUGUGUCUGCCUAAUGUUGAGUUUGUGGACGCAGGGAACGCUUUUAGUUUAAAAAAAUAAUAAAGGUCAUCCAUUGGGGCAUUUUAUGUUUGAUGUAUGAGUGGGAAAGACUACUUUGCAAGCCCCACUCAUGUAAGUAGCUUCCUUCUUUUCCUACCCUUGUUCAUGACUAGAGAAGGCACCAAAGUCACUUAAAAUAUUUUAUAAAGAAACUGGGACUUCAAGGUACUUUCUUUACUGGACAGAGGAAGGGACUUCUAAACAAUGGCAAGUGCUGGAAUCCUGAGUCUGGUGGAAGAUAUGAUCUCAUAUUCUGGGGAUUGAGAAGAGUGAAUUCUUAGUGAAAGACCCCCCCCCUCAUGCUAGUUCUUUCUCCCUACAAACCAAACUAAAGCAAAUGACUCAUUUAAUUUUAAGUUUUUGUCUGCGACCCCCCAUUGUCCAGUUUCAUCCUCUCAAUCAUACCCUCUUAAAAAAUGAAUUUGUUGUUAAAUCGUUUGUUUUGGCACAAGACUUCCCAAUAAAAUUCUACAAAGUAGGGUUUUUUUGGCUGUUAGAAAGAAGGGAUAUGUGCUUUAACUUUGGUCCAUUGCAGCAGUCAAUACUGUUCUAUUUAGUAUCAAAGUUAUCUCUUGUUA